AUGAGCAAUUCUUCUAAUGUGCCCGAACACGACGGGAAAUGUGCUCCCAUUGAUGCCGAUGACAGUGGUGACGAGGAGGUCUUCCACGAUGCCCACUUUCCCGCCGAGGAAGAAGCCCAACUCCUGAAGGAAUCCCACGAAAUCAAAUCCGAGGCAAAUCAGCUGUUUGUCGCGAAAAGCUAUGACCAAGCCAUCUCCUGCUACGAUCGAGCCCUCGCUUCCUGUCCGAGCUAUCUCGACUACGAUGUCGCCAUAAUCCACAGUAAUAUCGCCGCUUGCCAUCUGAAAUUGGAAGAUUGGAAGGCCGCCGAAAAAGGCGACGAGUCGAAGGGGAAACAAAUCCAAGAAUCCAAAGAACACACAGAUGCCGUGGUUGAACUAUCCGGAGACGACGAAGAAGCUGAGCUAAAGGAACUACUAAGAUUGCAAGAACAGGAUGAACGGAGGAGCAAGGUGAUGCGACUUCGAGGCAAAGUACUCUUGAGACGUGCAAAGGCGAAGACCGAAAUCGGUGGCUGGGGUAGUCUGCAAGGUGCUGCAGAAGACUACCAGGUCCUUGCUGGGAUUGAAAACCUCCCGGCAGAUGAUAAAAGAGUUGUCCAACGGGCAUUGCGGGAACUGCCUGAGCGCAUCAAACAGGCGCGGGAGAAGGAGAUGGGCGAUAUGAUGGGCAAGCUGAAGGAACUCGGCAAUGGAAUCUUGAGUCCAUUUGGUCUGUCGACAGACAACUUCAAGUUCGUCCAGGACCCGAAGACAGGUGGCUAUAACAUGAACUUCCAAUCUUGA